AUGAUACCACCAAUGUUUGAUUAGAUGCAUCAGAGUCCAACAUUCAACCUAUAUAUAAUUAUCAUUGGAUUAAAUUUUGAAAUCAUUUUAUCAAUGAAAAUGUAUGGAUUUGCAAUCUUGACGGUCAGUGAUCGGUGUAGCCGAAAUGAAAAUGUUGACACUAGUGGACCAAUGUUGCGACAUUUGAUUGAAGAUCAUCAUGAUCGAUUUGAUGUGAUCGAUUAUCAUAUUGUUUCAGAUGACAAGAAUGACUUGAAAGAAAUUCUUAUUCGAUGGUCGAAUCGUUCAGAUAUUCAUUGUAUAUUGACAACCGGUGGAACCGGACUAACAUCACGUGACGUUACUCCAGAAGCCACUAAUGAAAUAAUCGAAAAAGAGGUGUCUGGAAUCAGUUUUGCAUUGAUUUCGGCAUCGAUUACGAUCACUCCCAUGGCCAUGUUGUCAAGGAUGAAAUGUGGAAUUCUCAAUCGGACUUUGAUUAUCAAUUUACCUGGAAGUCAGAAAGCUUGUAAAGAAUGUUUCGAUGUUAUCAAACCAGUGUUGAAACAUGCAAUCGAUCAAUUAAAAGAUUCAAACGAAGUUGAUAUGUUACAUCGUACAAUGAACAAUUAUAUGAAAAGUAAGGUGAAAGAAACACCGAUUGCUAAUCGUGAAAGACAUUCGCCAUUUGAAAUGAUACCGAUUAAAGAAGCUCAACAGAGAAUAUUUGUCGAAAUCGGAUCAUAUUUUCAAACUGACCGUAAUGAAAUGUUUAUAUCAGCGAAAACUUUACACAAAGCUCUCAAUUUCAUUUUGGCUCAUGAUGUCUUUGCAUCCGUUCCAUUGCCACCAUUCAACGCGUCUAUCAAAGAUGGUUAUGCUGUAAUUGCCGAAGAUGGACAAGGUAACCGAAAUGUUCUUUCUAAAGCAUCAGUAGCUGGAUUGAAUGAGGUCACAAGAAUCGAUCGAGGAUUCUGUGCUCGUAUUAGUACUGGUGCUGCUGUACCACCCGGUGCCAACGCUGUCGUACAAGUAGAAGAUACCGAGCUUAUAAUAAAAACCCAGGAUGACGAUGAAGAAGUGAUCAACAUCAGAACCAUUCCUGUUGUUGGUCAAGACAUUCGUUCGAUUGGCUCAGAUAUUCCAGUGGAUAAUUUGAAUCCAUUGAUAAAAAAAUAUAGACGUUUAUCAUCAAUCGACUUGGGUUUGAUUGCGGCAACCGGGGUUAAAGAAAUCAAGGUAUUUCGACGACCCAAAAUAGCUGUACUUUCUACUGGUGAUGAAAUUGUUUCGGCUGGUCAACCUAGACCUUGGAAUUGUGUUUGGGACUCAAAUCGAACAGUCUUGAUGUCUUUGUUAUCGCAGUUUGAAGUCGUUGAUCUUGGAAUAACACCAGACUUAGCAGAUAGUAUAUUCAAUUACUUAAAUAAAGGAAUGCAAAAUGCCGAUAUCGUCAUCACUACGGGUGGAGUAUCAAUGGGAGAACGUGACCUGCUCAAACAAGUCUUGGAAGAUUUUAAUGCCAAUAUACAUUUCGGUCGAGUAAAUUUGAAGCCAGGAAAGCCUACAACAUUUUCGACGACAACAUAUGAUGGCAAGAAAAAAUACAUCUUCUCAUUGCCCGGUAAUCCAGUAAGCACAUUUGUUACUUUCAAAAUAUUUGUCGAACCAUUCCUUCAGCUUCUUUCGGGCAAAUAUUUUGAUUUUGAAAAUCAAAAAGAAGUAAAUCUAAUGGAAAAGUUAUUUAAAUGGAUCAAAUGCAAAGUUGUUCUUGAUAAGCCUUACAAAAUCGAUACAAGACCUGAAUUCGUUCGUGCUGUCAUUACUUUUUCAUCAUCGUUUCCCGAAGCCAAACUAACCGAAUCGAAUCAAAUGAGCAGUAGAUUAUUGAAUGUAAUGAAUUCAAAUGGAUUAUUGUUCAUUCCGAGUAGUCUAGAUGGCCAGAAAUUCCUAGAAAAUGGCAAUUUUGUGGAUGCAAUUUUAUUUUGAUACUUGAUUUUUAUUUUUAUACAGAAAAUAUUCAUAAAUCAAUAAAUUUAAAAUCGAGUAUGAAAUAAAUCAAGCGAUCGAA